AUGCCCGAUUCUCAACUGCUCAGCUCCUACGUGUUGGUACCAAGAACGAGAUCGCCUGACCUUCGUCUGCUACCAACGGUUUCACCUCAGAGUUCUCCAGGCACUCCACCAUUCCAUAAAAUAUGUGAAAAGGUUGAAAUACAGAAUGGUUAUUUCUAUGAAAGUGAAAACAGAUUUAAUUUAAGUGAAGAAGCAACAUAUAGGUGUCGGAUUGGUUACACGACUCCAGAAGGAAAUGAGGUGGGGAAGACACAGUGCCUUCGAGAAGGAUGGAUUCCUUUCCCAAAGUGCAUCAAGACAUGUAGAAAGCCUCAUUUUGAGCAUAUUAAUUUCCACACAAAUAAAAAGGCACUUCUGCCUGAAGAAGUAUUGGAAUACGAAUGUGUGGAUGGAUACCAAACUAUAAAUAAAGUCACAACAGGUUACACAGAAUGUGGCAUAAAUGGAUGGACUCCAGAGCCUGAGUGUCUUGCAAUAGAAUGUGAAAUGUUGAUAUUGGCCCAUGGCAGGAUUUCCCCCAUGAAAGGUAAAUAUGAUGACGGAGAUGUGGUGACUUUUUCCUGUGAAAAAAAUUUCAUAAGAGUGGGACCUGACUCCUCUCAAUGUUAUCACUUUGGAUGGUUCCCAGCAUCUCCGACAUGUACAGAGAAAACCAAAGCUUGUAGGCCACCAUCCAGCAUUGCCAAUGGGAACUUUAUCAGUGAACUUCAUGAGAAAUAUGAACAUGGAGACUCAGUGGAAUAUGACUGUGACCUCCGUUUUAAAAUGAUUGGAUCAAGAAAAAUAGAAUGUAUUGAUGGAGAAUGGGCAUCUUCACCUUCUUGUAUUGAAGAGGAGAAAACCUGUGGACCACCACCCUCUAUUGCCAAAGGGAAUGCUGUCAAUAUAGUCCGUCACCAGUAUGUUCAUGGAGCUACAGUGGAAUAUGAAUGUGAAGAAAACUAUGUAACGGUUGGGCCAAAGACAGUGAAGUGUCUUAGCGGAGAAUGGACAUCUCUACCUGCAUGUGCUGAUCAUUUUGCUGUAUGUGAACUUCCAGAGAAUUUGGAGAAUAUAAUCCUUUCACAAAUUGUCAUCGAGAAAAGGAAGUUUAGGCACAGAACAUUUGUAAGGUACAAAUGUAAAUCAGAUGUCAAAAACUUUAAGCAAGCAACCUGUAAAUAUGGGGAAUGGAUGCCCAAACUUGAAUGCAAAGAGAUUAAAAGAAAAUGCCCACCUCCACCUCAGCUACCGGGUGCCAUCAAGAUAACAGAGACAAGAAGCUAUGAGAGUGGUGAAAAAAUAGCUUUUACGUGCCUAGAGCAUUUUGAACAUGGAGGCAUGAAAGAAAUAAUGUGUGAAAAUGGGAAGUGGCAAUCACCACCACGCUGUGUUGACGAAAAAGCAUGUUUGCAGCCACGUCCCAUAGAAAAUGGUGAGAUUCUCAGUCUAGAAAAUCAGAACAUAAAACAGGCGCAAUCAGGGCCGGAGACUUAUCAGAAAGGCACGGUGUUAACGUACAGUUGUAACGCUGGCUUCAUGUUACGUGGACCACCUGAGAUAAUUUGUGCAAUGGGGAAAUGGACCUCAGCUCCUACAUGUGUCGAAACAUCAUGCCGAGAUGUUCCAAAUGUUUUCAAUGCUCAAACUGAAGGUAGUGUGAAGGAUAGUUAUGAAUCUGGUGAAACAGUACGUUAUCAAUGCUAUCCAGGUUUUAUUAUAACUGGAUCACCAGAUGUUACAUGUAUAUCAGGGAAGUGGACCAAACAACCUGUAUGCACAGAUGUAACAUGUGAAGCUCCACCUGAAGUUACGAAUGCUAAUAUUGUAAAUAAUGAGGAGGGAAGGUAUCUACCUGGUGCUAGAGUGCAAUAUAAAUGUCAGGAAGGAUUUGAAAGUAUGGGAUGGAAUGAUGUAAUUUGUGAAGAUGGAGAAUGGUCACAAUCACCAAUUUGCCAAGAUAUGAGAUGUGCACCUCCACCAGAGAUUUAUGGUGGUAGGAGUCUAGAUGCUAAGCAGCAAAGAUAUUUGCCUGGUGACAGGAUGCAUUAUCAAUGUGGGCGAGGUCUGAGCCUUAUUGGAUCUCAGACUGUAACAUGUAAGGAAGGGAAGUGGUCCCAACCGCCAGAAUGCAAAGAGGCUGCUGGAAAGUGUGGGCAUCCUCCUGCUAUUGAUAAUGGAGAUGUCAUGGUAUCUCUACAGAAAGAAUAUGAAUCAGGUUCAAGAGUGGAAUACAAAUGCCAAAGUUUUCAUAGAAUAAAGGGAUCUGCAUUUGUUAGCUGUGAGUCUGGCCAAUGGACAGACCCACCGGUUUGCUUAGAGCCAUGUACAACAUCCCCAGAAGAUAUGGAGAAAAACAAUAUUGGGCUGAAAUGGAGCUCGAAAACAAAAUUGUAUUUAGAAAGUGGAAACUUUGUUGAAUUUGACUGUAAAAAUGGAUAUGUGAGGGAUCCAACAUCUUCUGCAUUUAGAGUACAGUGUAUGGAGGGGAAAUUGGCAUAUCCUAAAUGUAAGAGAAGAGAGUUAUGUAUAACAUUCUUAGAAGAUAUGGAGAAAAACAAUAUUGGGCUGAAAUGGAGCUUGGAAACAAGACUGAAUUUAGAAAGUGGAGACUUUGUUGAAUUUGACUGUAAAAAUGGAUAUGUGAGGGAUCCAAAAUCUUCUGCAUUUAGAGUACAGUGUGUGGAGGGGAAAUUGGCAUAUCCUAAGUGUAAGAGAAGAGAGUUAUGUAUAACAUCCCCAGAAGAUAUGGAGAAAAACCAUAUUGGGCUGAAAUGGAGCUCGAAAACAAAAUUGUAUUUAGAAAGUGGAAACUUUGUUGAAUUUGACUGUAAAAAUGGAUAUGUGAGGGAUCCAACAUCUUCUGCAUUUAGAGUACAGUGUGUGGAGGGGAAAUUGGCAUAUCCUAAGUGCAAGAGAAGAGGUAUUUAUGAAUGAAUAAAAAGAAGCAUCAAGCAAAUAAUUUUAACCCAGAUCUGAGGAGCAGAAGCCACUAACCAGUUAUUUGUAAUGUUCACACAUUAUGUCCUUUGUAAGUAUUUUAACCUAGAUUGUCUGAACUGAUGCAUGUAAUUACUACUUUUGUCACAAUGUAUAUUAAACUAAACAUAAAAUAGUAAUAACAGAUGGGCAAAAAGGUUCAAACUACAGCUUUUUUAUGAAAAUUGGAAAAGGAAGCUUUAAGGGAAAUUGUACACUUGGCUGCACUUCCUGAAUUAUAUACUUCCUGCUUGCUGAAACAGAAAGCAGCACUAUUUCUCUCUGGCCCAAAUCAGGAACUCCUAGAAGUCUCACUAGGAACCUUGAUCUUGGGAGGCUUAUAGCCCAAUUGCUACAUCCGGAGGUUUAUUUAUGGAUUGAGACUGUUUGAAUUCUGCCCAUCCCUAGUAGCAGUUGGUCAUCGUUCUUUCAAAUGUUUUAGUCCAUGCAACCAAAAUGUUAUCUAGACAUCUAACACAGUUAUAUAGAAAAUAUUCACUUCUCUGAUGAAAAUUUAAACUUAUGAUGUCUCUUUUUUCCUUUUUAAAAUUAAAGAGUUGUAUAUUUCAUUUAGCAA